AUUUAUUCUUGUUUUGUUGUGUGUUUUGUCCACCAGACAGCGAAGGGCGAAGGCAGGUCUCUGUCAUCACUGUAUUUCCAGGGUCUAGAACAGCACACAGCGUGGAAGACUGAGGCCUGUUGAAAGUGCAGAACUCAACCCCAGCAUCCACUGUCCCCAAAAGCUCCAUGCAGGUGCCACAGGAUGGAGAGGACUUUGCCAGCCAACCCUGGUACCACGGCCCUCUGUCCCGCCAGAAGGCAGAGGCUCUUCUUAGGCAAGACGGUGACUUCUUGGUUCGCGCGUCUGGGUCCCGUGGAGGGCACCCUGUGAUCUCCUGCCGCUGGCGGGGCUCGGUCCUACACUUUGAGGUGCUCCGUGUGGCUUUGCGUCCCCGGCCAGGCCGGCCCACAGCGCUCUUUCAGCUGGAGGAUGAGCGUUUCCCAAGCCUGCCUGCCCUGAUUCGCAGCUAUGUGACUGGCCAGCGUCCACUGACCCAGGCUACAGGGGCUAUCGCCUCCAGGCCGGUGAUGCGGCAGGAGCCUAUUCAACGCAGCUUUAGUGAGGACACCCUCCUAGACAGCAGCACUCGGACAGAGCUCCUCAGGGCCAGGAAGUGGAGUGACAGUCAGCCUGCAGGUUUGGAGCAUGUGGGGCAGUCGAGAGAAGGCCACUCUGAACCAGGAGCUUCCACUGUGCCCACAUUUGCCCUGCGUUGCAUGGGUAGUGACCCUGUUUUGCUGAAAACCCUGGCUCCCCUGGGAUCAAUUACUGACAGCCUCAGGGCCUCGGAUGGGCAGCUUCAUGCCAAGGCACCAACCAAGCCACAUCGAAUGUCCUCACUGGUGCUGCCCGAUGCCUCUGGACAACCCCCAACAUACUGUGAGCUGGUGCUCCGAGUGCCCAGUGCCCAGGGAACACCCCCUGGCCACAGAUGCCCAGAGCCAGAAGCCCCAUGGUGGGAGGCCCAGGAGGAGGAGGAGAGAUGUUUCGCAAGACCGCAGGCAGAGGUCUCUUUCUGCCACCCUGACAACCCCUCCAGCCUGAUGGGCCCCCAGAAUCGGCCCCUGGAACCCAAAGUCCUGCAUACUCUCCGUGGUCUAUUCCUGGAGCACCAUCCUGGGAGCACUGCCCUCCACCUGCUACUGGCAGACUGCCAGGCCGCGGGACUAUUGGGAGUGACCAAGGAUCAGCGGGAUGCCAUGGGGGUUGCCUCUGGCCUGGAGCUGCUCACACUUCCCCAUGGCCAUCGCUUGCGGUCAGAACUGCUGGAAAGGCACGAGGUGCUGGUGCUGGCCGGCGCACUGGCGGUGCUGGGCUGCACGGGGCCGCUGGAGGAGCGCGCGGCUGCCCUGAGGGGCCUGGUGGAGCUGGCACUGGCGCUGCGGCCGGGGGCGGUGGGAGACCUGCCGGGACUGGCCGCUGUCAUGGGCGCUCUGCUCAUGCCCCAGGUGUCCCGGCUGGAACACACGUGGCGCCAGCUCCGAAGGAACCACACCGAGGCCGCGGUGGCCUUCGAGCAGGAGCUGAAGCCCCUGAUGCGGGCGCUGGAUGAAGGCGCCGGACCCUGCAACCCCGGCGAGGUGGCGCUGCCUCAUGUGGCACCCGUGGUGCGCCUGCUGGAAGGCGAGGAACUUCCAGGGCCGCUAGACAAGAGUUGCGAGCAGCUGCUGCGCACCCUGCAGGGGGCGCGUCAGAUGGCCCAGGACGCACCCAAAUUCCGCAAAGCAGCUGCCCAGCGCCUGCAAGGAUUCCGGCCUAACCCUGAGCUGCAGGAGGCCCUGACCACCAACUUCGUCCGGAGGCUGCUCUGGGGGAGCCGGGGUGAGGGGGCUCCGAGGGCCAAUCGUCUGGAGAAGUUUCAGCAUGUCCUCAGCGUCCUAUCACAGCGCCUGGAGCCUGACUGCUGAGAGCCCAGAUCCCCUUCUUCACACUGGGACACCCAGACUUUUGGUAAUCCCAGCGGAAGACCAAGGAAGUCAUCCCAAGUUGCUCCCACAGCCAAACAGGGUGAGGACCCACACCCUGACUUGCAGAAGGGGUAAGGGCAGGUUUGCAAGAACCCACCCUGCCUCCUAAAAAUAAACUGGGAUCCUGGGGUGAGGGGCAACCUCCUCCCCCACAGAAGACCCAGGUGUCUGGAGGCCCUGGCUGCCAUCUCCUGCCCCCACCCCCACACAUAUCCCACAAAUGUGAAAGUGUAGCUUCUGAUAAGAGAACUUGCAGCUCUGUAAGAGGCCAGAGUUCAAAAGCCUUUCAAAGGUUGUGACUGCUAGCAGAUUGCUUGCCCUCUCUGUGCCUGCCUUCAACAUAAAAGUGAGACUGUACUUUCUAGGAGUUAUCGUGGGAAUUAAAGCUCAAUAUUUAAAAGGGAUAAUGGGUGGAGAAUGCCUGGCACACGGUAGGUGCUCAAUAAACACUACCUGUUCUCAGUAAGCUGCCACGAACACAGAAGGAAUGAUGUUUGGCACCCUCGUCAUAGACAAGGGCCCAACUCUCAGGAAGGGACAGGGUGUGUCCAAGGUGUGCCCAAAUUCACCUCCCCUUCCUCAUUCCCUGUGUGGCCUCUAAGGAAGGUGGCAUUUGAAUAUCCAGCCCCAGUAUCUAAAUCUCCUAAAAAACCAUGGACUCCAAGAACUCUAUAAUUUUUUAUAUAU